GUUAUGCACCGGAAAUUACAUAAUAUUAAUGCAAAACAAUAACCACGGAAAUGCAAAUCGUCAGGAAGACCGUAAAUAAAUCAAGUAUGAUUAUUGCAGCGUGUUUUGAAGGUGUUCAAGAAGAAAUUGAAGCAAUCGCCUAGCAAUGCGUGCGAUUACGGCGCCAUCUGCAGUGACGUCCGUUCAUUAUCAGUGCUGUGCGCCACGAUUGGCCGUCGUUCCCGUCCGUAUGUGCUGAAUUUUCAUCGAAAACGUCGGGAUUAAAUUGCGAUUUCCACCUGAACGGCAUCCAUCCGCGAGAAAAACGAGCCGGGCGACCUGUGAUUCAUCUCGUACAGGUAAUUUCGUUUUCGAGCGCAAUAAUCGCCGAUACGAAUUGUCAUGGCGUCCAUUGUCGGCGACCAAUGAGCGUGCGCGCUGCGAGCGUUGUCCGCCGCAUCGCCGUUCGUGCAGCGUCAGUGUGGUUGAGUGUGAGAUUAGCGCAGCGCGUCCGUUAAUGGCGUAGACAACCCGCCUAAGACGAGGCGCACAUUCAUAGCCGAAGGCCGCACGCGACCCUCGUGCGGAAAACGUCUCGCCAGAGUAACCAACGGUGCAUUCGUGCGAAUUUUCUCAGUCGAUCAGAGAGCGGUCACGUGACGCCGCCAAAUCGAACGCGGCGGCAACGAGUUGCAUGGUAAAAUGAGCACCGCGAUCAGCACGCAUUUUUGACAUUCGUGUGUUUGUAAAUAAAGAGCGCCGCACGUGAGUGACUUGAUGGUCGUUGUCAGGGCGACGACGACGACGCGGUGGUAAUGUCGGCGCGCGGCUCCAAGAAGCGCGGCCGCCCUCCGAAGGUGCAGGUGCCGGAGCGCACCACCAAGAAGUUCCAAUAUCAACUGCUCAAAAAGCCGAAAUAUCUACAGAACCUCAAUCGCGGUUCUGACUCACCAUUGAGCACACCGUCAGCUUCACGCGCAUCAUCACCGCAGGUGGAAGCGCCGCGUCGAACACGAGGCACGCGUUCCAGAGGCAAAAAACGCGCGGCCACAACACCCGGAGGUGGUGCGUAUCAACGCCGUGGGUAUAAUCCACAAGCAAGUGAGUACCACGAGUCUGAAUAUCACUAUGGAUAAGACUUCGGUGAUGAUUCUUCGGAGAAAUCCGAGCCGGAGGAUGAGGUCGUGGUCUCGGCGUCGGAUAGUGAAAUAUCCGUCGCUGAUCAAUCGACGGACAGCGAUUUCUCGCUUAGUAGCUUUAGCACGGUGAGUGGUACACCACGGCGGCCACGGCCUCCAACACCCGAACCGCUGUGGCUGCAAAACAAACCGAUACCUCCGCUAGAUCUACCAAAAAGCUCCGAUGAUUUACUCGUGCCACGUAACGAGAUUAUGCCGGUGGUGAGCAUCUAUGAAGUGCUGCGGCAUUUCAGAAACCUGGUGCGUCUUUCUCCGUUUCGGCUGGAAGACUUUUGCGCGGCUAUUAUGUGCGAGGAUCAGAGCAAUCUCUUUGCCGAGGUGCACAUUAUGCUAUUGAAGGCUCUCUUCAGAGAGGAAGACUCUCAGCAGACACACUUUGCACCACUUGAUCAAAAAGACAGUGUGAAUAUAUCUCUGUAUCUUUUGGAUUAUGUGACUUGGCCGGAGGUGCUCCGUUCGUACGUUGAGAGUGACUCUAGUUUUGACGUGACAGUGUUGAACAUUUUGAACACCACAGACUAUCCUUACACUAGUUUGGAGAAUAAAAUCACGGUGAUGCGCUUUCUAACUGAUCAGUUUCUGACGACGAAUCCAGUGCGGGAAGAUUUAAUUAGUGAAGUACCGAUGCAUUAUGACGAUCAUUGUCGAGUAUGUCAUAAACUCGGCGACCUGCUAUGCUGCGAAACUUGCCCGGCCGUAUUCCAUCUCGAAUGUGUCGACCCGCCGUUGGUUGACGUGCCUGUCGAGGACUGGCAGUGUAAUAUAUGUCGCUCACAUCGCGUCAGUGGUGUGGUCGAUUGCGUGUUGGACGUGGAGAAACAGGGACAAUUGUGUCGGCAGGAGCAGCUCGGCUUUGACCGCUUUGGAAGAAAGUAUUACUUUUUAUGUCGACGGAUAUUUAUUGAAAAUGAAGAAAAUGAUGUGUGGUAUUAUACGACCACAACGCAAUUUGAUGAACUACUCAACGUGCUCGAUUCGGAAGAAAUGGAGGCUGAUUUAUGCAGAGAACUCAACGAUUUCAAGGAUGAAAUCAUUCGUCAAAUGGAACUUACCGAAAAGUUAACCAAUCAGUUUAAGGGCAACAAGAAGACUUAUCUGGAACAGGAAAAUCAAGCUAUUCUUAAGUCUCGGAGAGAAGCUGAUGAAGAAAAAACCGAAGAGGAUAAAGAGUUUGAAGAAACCAAAGAAGUUGUGACCACCACUACUACCACUACCGAAAUAACUACCACGACAACCACAACAACAAUCCGAGGUGAAGACUCCAAUGAUUCAUCAGGUGAUAAAGAGAAAGACAUUGUGACAAGGUCUAAGACUGGUUCACUCACACCGCGCACAUUUAAUAUCGAUGAAAUCCGCAAGAGAUCAAACUCGAUUCUGAACAAAGAUGCACUCGGCAAUGAUGAAAGAAUAACGCGAUUAAAGUCUCUCCAGAUCGCGAACGGUACGUUUAUGUAUAAGCUCGGUAUGGAAAAUCAGUUUAAGGGUUACGUGAAUCAAUUCACAACGAAUAUCAUCGCGUUGAAUAAACCUCAGCGAAAUGAAGAGCGCGAUAAGAAGCGACAUUUGAGUCAUAAGUUCUCGUUGACGACCGCGUCGGACUUCAAAUGGGCUGGGGUAACGACGGGUAAUAAAACAGCGUUACUGCAAACGCUACGACAGACGCUUGUACAACUGGAGCAGGCUAUACAGGCUCCAUUUAUGCACCCCAACUGGCCGCUGUUGAAGAAAACUUGGCUGGGUGUGGUGAAUCAAUGCCAACAUGCUAAGGACUUCGCGAAAGCGCUAAUUGUUUUGCAGGCUUGUAUCAAGCCGUGUAUGUUUGCAAAUGUGUGGCAUGAUCAAUUAGGACAUAUUAAACUUGUGAGGGUUACAGCUGCCGAACGUGAAGAGCGCAAAAAGGUUGAGAAACGAGAGAAGAAAGAGCGCGAAGAGGAAGAGGAACGAAAUAGAUUGAUUAUUUCUAGUUAUGUUAAGUAUACAAUGAGUUUUAAGCAUCAAUUGUGGAAGCAGAAGGGGGAAGAGUAUCGCAUCCAUGGUCGUUGGGGAUGGUUGUGGUAUUCGACUGCGCGGAUGGUGAAUUUCGUUAAUUCUAAAGAGUGUGGACUCGCGGCAGGACCGCUGAAGACCAUGGUUCAGGUGCGAACGAAAGACGGCUUGAAACUCAUCGCUGUCGAUAAAGAAAUGUAUAAUCACCUCAAGAAAAAUUUUGAGAUUGAUGAUGGCGGUAUUAAAGACGAAAUUAAGUUGGAAGAUGAUGCAAUGGACAUUGAAGAAGAUACGACCAUGCAAGGUGAUGAUGUUAUUCCUGCAGUAUUAAAAGAUUUAAAAAUUGUACGACCAGUGAAAUAUUUUGAAGAAAUUGAUGUCAGCAAAGCAUUAACUGCGUCGGGCCGACUUUUAUAUCCAAAGAUAGAAAAGUCGAGUCUUGACGAGUUGCUCACACGGAGAAUUCAUCUGCGGGCAAUCGAAGAGAGGAAAAUCGCUCAGGCGAAGUCGGAAAGUCAGACCACCGAUUCGACUGAUACCAAUGAGGACGUUGAUGUGGAAUCAACAGAUAAUCCAGUGAAUAAUACAUCAACGUCGCAAGCGCCCGCGACACCAGUCAGUAAAGAAAUGCUCAAUAACAUCGCGAAGAAAAUUCAACAGUUGAGACUUCACUAUACUGCAAUUUCAAAGUUUGGGAAGGAGUUUCAGUGUUAUUCGAAGGGUUGCAAUUCCAACAAUGUCGCAUCAAGUUGUUACUCGCCGAUUUGUGUUCAAAGGAAUAAAGUUCGUAAAGAGCUGCUGUUUCUGCUGCGGAAGGCGAAUGUACAUACGAAUCAAAAAUUGGGAUUGACUCUCAAUACAGCAAAUAAUGGUAGUAAUAUUAAGACGACUUCAAUUCUGGAGGCUAAGCUGACGGAACCUUCGAGCACGUCAGCGACGAGUGGUGAAUUAGCGAAAGUUGGUGCUUCCGAAAAGGAUGUGGACGCAGCUGACAAUGAAGCUACUUUACGAAGCAAUUUAGUUACCACUCUUUUACAAGCGACUGUUUGUGAUGAUCAGGUUUAUGCAGGUAUGAUCCCAAUGGAGAAUCCUCCUUUCAUCAAAGACGAACCUUUCGAUGCUGAUGAUUGGAAUGAACUGGUAGCUUCCAAUCAAAUUGCAGCCGAGCGCGAAGAUGUUAAAAAUGUAAAGAAGCCGAAGAAGCGCGACGUAGAAUUAUUGAGCGAUUCCGAGCAACAUCAAGAAGUUGACAUGGAAAUUGAUAUGACCCCUGAGGAUGUUAAGGAGAUGAUUCUUGGUGGUGGAAAUAGCAAGAGUAGUAAUAGUAGUUCCACGAGUAGCACUAGUAAUAAUGGUACUGGUAGGGCAACUAGAAGUAAAUCGAUUAUUACCACCACAACAACAACUACAGUCACUUCUACGACCACUUCAUCAAAAACACUAGUUGAUGGUGUUGUGAAAAAGGAGUCUGUUUCUGCGAAGAAAACCAAGGAGGAAACUAAUACAACCGUUUCAAAUGGUAGGACUAUUCAGACAUUGAAUGCCAAGUCCCAAACACAAUCACAUUCAACAUACCAUGCAGCUUGGAAUCGAAGAUUCUGCGCAAUGAAAAGCGCGAGACGCGAAGAGAGUACAGUAAAGUCUGAAACCACCGUUGAUGGCUUUGAACGUGUUUACUCCUCGACCAAAACUCAGGGUAAAGUUUACCUGAAACGGAUUACCAUUAUAGGAGCUGAUAAAAAGAAGAAGAAGGGUGCUGUGAAGUAUCCACAGUGUUCCACCUUCAAAACUGUGAAAAAUUUCCGCUCACUUUUUGUAUUACCCAAACACGAGUCUAAGAAACUAGCUCGCAAUGCAGGUAGGAUUUAUAUCAAUGGUUUCAACGCGAUGGCAAAGAGCAAUAGCUUGGUAUGGCCUUAUCCUUGCGCUCGACCAUUAUUUAAAACUUGCUGGGUCUUCCGGACCGUGAACCUCAAAUCAAUCGCAACUGCCGCUUUACAGUUAAAAAUCCUCUGGGCGUGUUUACGUUGGGAUGAUAUGCAAGUAAAACCGCAGAAUCAAGAUGGUAAACAUCAAAUCACAACAGAGACUGAGAUUUUGAGCUUGGAGCUGUUGAAGCAUAGGCAUACUGGGCCGUUCAUGGAACGCACACAAUAUUUGAGGAGAAAGGUGGUGAUUCCUUUGGAGUUGCCGAAGACUGUAAGAGAAGUUACUUCCAUUAGAAGCGGAUUGCGGAAGAGGAAGAGGCCCGAGUCGCCGCAGAGUACAGAUCCGCAGGUUACCGAAGAAUGGGUGGAUGAGGAUAAGUUGGAGCUGUGGGAGAUUAAACAAUAUGGUGAAAAGUUGGAGAGGCAACAACAACAGGUAAUCACGCGUAGUCGGACUGGUAAUCUUCCUCCGGCACGGGUUAUUUCUGAAACUACGGAUGGGAUUUCACCGGCAAAAGUAUUGGUCACAUCUAAACAGGGUGCUGAAGACUUUAAAGAAAAGAUGGAGCAACAACUUCGGCUACAGAGAGCUGCACACCAACAAAAACGUGCGUUAGAGUUGAAGAAUGCUCAAGGACAAAUUAUUAAGAUUGGAGGUGCUGCUACACAAGUUACUCCAGAUGGUAAACUGCAAGUUGUGAAGAGUGUAAUGCCUGGUCAAGCUGGCAAGACUUUAACUUCACUUCUCACUGCAAAUAACACCGCUGGCGGUAAGCAGUUCACUGGAAGACGCAUUUUCAUGACCAAAGCCGCCGAUGGCACUACACGCGUCCUCACUGGAAGUCCACAAAUCAUUAAAGGCCCCGGUGGUAACCAAAUGAUCAAGUUACAACCCAAUCAACAAGUCGCCCAAACUGCCACAGCAACACCAACAGUUACUGCAGCACCGCAAACGCCGAAACAAGAAACUACGCCGCAAAGAGUACAAAUCAUGAGAACACCUGAUGGUCGGUUUACUGUGAAGGGUUUGAUGCCCGGUCAGCAAUUGGUGCAAAUGCCCGAUGGAAAAUUACAGGUGUUAAGUACUACCGUCUCGUCUGCUACUCCAACCGCGACAAGUUCUUCAGUUAAACCGACGGUAGCUGCGACGCCGACUUUGACUACAGCAAUUGCCGCCAAUAAAAUUGUAAAGACUCCUACAGGAAAGGUCAUAUUACAAACGGUCGGCAACAAGUUGCCAACCAAUCUCACCACGCCGACUAAACAAAUCAUUAUCAAGCAAGCGGCGGUAACGCCUACUACGCCACCAACACAACAAAAGCUUGCCACCUCCAUUGUUGUUUCUGGCACGCCAAUGAUUCAACAGCAAGUUGUUACCACUAGUGCCAUUGGGCAACAACAACAACAGAUAAUUACGAAUCAAAUUGUGGUGAACAAUCAAAACCUGGCCGCGCAGAUUGCGCAGGGUAAAGUUCAGGUGGCCACUAUCAACGGUCAGCAAGUACUCAUUCGCCCUACGGGUAAUAAUCAAGCGCAGAUUGUCGCGCAGCUUACGCCAAGCGCGGUGACUACAUCGCAAGUAUCACCGCAGCAGCAGGUACAGCAGAUUACACAGCCAGUUGUACAACAGCAGGUGAUCACUACUGCAGCUAAACAGGUCGAACAACAAGCGCAACAACAGUCAGUUGCAGCUAAAGUAGACAAUUCCAUUGACCCAGCUACCAUGGAGCAUUUACUCGCUGGGCAACCGCCUGGUACGGUGAUAAAGUGCGUAACUGCUCAAGUGAUACAAACUCAGCAAGGGCCGCGAAUUGUUUUGCAAGGACUCCAGGGUGCUGAUUUUACUCCACAACAAUUGGCAGCUGUACAACAGCAGGUUAAACAACAACUACUUAAAGCCCAAGCAUCAACUGGCAAACAGGGAGUUUUGGGUCCAACGAAGAUUUACCUCGCGGUUCAACCGAAUCAGACCGAUGCGGGAGGAGCUGCCACAGUCGACGCCCCGCCUCCUUUGACACCGGUGGUGCAGAAUGUGCAGCAAGAGAUCCAACCGCAGCAGGUCGUGGAGCAACGUCAGGUGCUCGUCAAUGGGCAGCAGACGAACAGUGCACUGCUGCAGGCGAUGAAGACCAACAUGCUGGAGGGUACUAUGUCUGCCCAGACGGCGGUGCCACAACAACCUCAACCGCAGCAGCAGAUUGUCGCCUCGGCAACGACGGCGAUCGCGCCCGCUCUCGUGGAGAACAAGCAGUUUGUCGUCACGCCGGACUACAUUCAGCAAACUAUUCGAACGGCGUUGAAGCAGGAGAAUCUUAAUCCUGAGAUUGAAGAGAAGUUGCUCCAGCUGCAGAGGUACCAAGAAAAACAAAUGAAAAACGAUGAUACACCUUCAAUGGGCGGACGCACAGCCGGCGGCCAUAAUUCGAUGCGGAAUGUUACGCCCAUGAAUGUGGUACGGAAACGCCCAUUGAGUAUGUCACGCGGUGAUGAGGACGACGACGAAUGGGUCAUGGAUACUCCAAAACGGCCACGCCCCAGUCGCAAUCCUCUGGAAACCAUCAAACGAGACCAUGAUCAUCAUCAAAGUUCCGUGGAAAACGUGAUAAAACCUAUGAUUCCAUCCCGAAAUAAACGAGUUAUCGUGAAGGAGCUUACUCCUGAACAGCGGGCCACGUCUAUGAAGACCAAGGCGAUGGUUAGUUUGUUUAGACACAAGGAAAUCUUGAAGAAAGAUAUUCUACGGAAGCGCGCCCUGCUCGAGAAGGAACUCCAAGCUGAGAUUCAUAAGGAAGUUGCUGAUGAAGUGGCUGCCACGCGAGUUGAACAAGAUAGUGAUCGCAUAUCCAAGCCGGAUGAACCUACGCGAACUCCAUCGACGGGCAGUAGUCGUCGCAAAGCAAAUGCGGUGCCCCAACCAACGACGCCUGUGAUUGAGAAACCAUCGAACAAGUCAUCGCAUCGUCGUUCCGGUGGCCAUAAAAUGGCCGUAUCGCCCGGUAAUAAGAAGGAGAAACUGUACUGCAUUUGUCGAACGCCAUACGACGAGACCAAAUUCUACGUGGGUUGCGACCUGUGUAACAAUUGGUUCCAUGGAGACUGCGUCGCAAUUACCGAGGAGGCUAGCAAAAACAUUUCUGAGUUUAUUUGUCGAGAGUGUAAGCAUGCGCGCGAGACUCAAGAAUUGUUUUGUUUGUGUCGCCAGCCAUAUGACGAAUCUCAGUUUUAUAUUUGCUGCGAUCGAUGUCAGGAUUGGUUCCAUGGGCGUUGCGUUGGCAUCUUGCAGUCGGAGGCUGAUAAUAUCGACGAGUACAUUUGUCCAAAUUGUCAGCGGAAUUCUUCUGUGAACUACGCGAAUAUGAAGGACCUUAGUAACAAGAAUUUCGACGAGUUGCGAAGAUUAAUCAAGCAAAUUCAGGCUCACAAAAGUGCAUGGCCGUUUGUGGAGCCUGUGGACCCGACCGAAGCUCCGGAUUACUACAAGGUCAUCAAAGAACCAAUGGAUUUACAAAAAAUUGAAAAUAAAAUCAACGAGCGAAUCUACAACAAGUUAAGCGAAUUCAUCGGCGACAUGACGAAGAUUUUCGACAACUGCCGCUAUUACAACCCCAAGGAGUCGCAGUUCUUCAAAUGCGCCGAAUCCCUGGAGGCAUACUUCGUCAACAAGAUAAAAUGUCUGCGGGAGAAAUUAUACGACAACUGAGUCGUUCGGUAGUUUUUACGAAAGCAUAGUAUGCAGAUCUCAAAUGAAAACCACACGAGUGGGUUAAUAAGGCAGGCAAAAAAUCAAUUAUUAUCACAGCGCUGAAUGAUUGUUCGGUAUGAAAUAUGCAGCAAUCUUCGAAACUUCUCUUCGCGUGCUCGGGGAGGCAAAUCAAAAUGGCGUCCAAGCUGCUUUCACAUAACGCUCGUGCACGCCCGAUGAGCAGCGUCUUUGUACAUAAAAUUUUCUGUAUUAUGAUGUGUAGGAGUUUUCUUUUUAAAUUAAUUUGUAGGUAAUUUUUUACAUAGUGCGUGCGGCACGGCGCGCGAUCGUUUUAUAUAUUAUCGAGCUCGAGCCUGUUUUUCACGUCACCUCAUGAUAAGUUCAUCCAACACUGAUUUUGAUAUCAUUAGAUGGAAAUCAUCUUUUGUGAUUUUUAUGUUGGUUAUCUUAUCGUUUACUCUUACAUUUAACUCGCAACAUUGUUGUCUUCAGAAAUUAAUUAGUUUUGUUUAGCGUUUGGCCAGUUCUGUCACUCGGAAUGCGAUGCCAUUUUUGUAUAUAAUUAUUCAUAAUACAGAUGUAUAAUUUCUCAUUCCUUUUCAACUAUUAAAUAAUUUAACAAAUA